CAAAUUGACAAUAGGUUGAUAAAUAUACUUUGACAUUGAAAGAAGUGAACGUACCUAUGUACCUAUUUAAUUGUGGGCAAAAGAGAUAAAUUAUUGUUUAAUUUGAAAGUUACGGCAAUUAAUAAUAUCCAUUGUACACGUUUUAUUUUACUUCUGAUUUAAAUUUUGUGUAAAUAUGACGUCUAAUAUUCCGCUUAUUGUGAGAUUAUUGGCUUCUUCCGUAUCCGUAGCCAACAGAGCUGGAAAAAUUGUUCGUGAUGUUAUGAGUAAAGGAGAAUUGGGAAUUGUUGAAAAGGGUAAAGAUGACUACCAAACAGAAGCUGAUCGAUCAGCACAGCGUUGUAUUGUUGCAUCACUUGCAGCACAAUACCCAAAAGUAAAUAUAAUUGGUGAGGAGGAUGGGCCUGAUAAUGAGGGAGACAUUUCUAGUGACUGGUUAAUUUCUGAGGCUGAUAAAGAAGUGUUGUCGCUGGAGUGUCCUGCCAAUCUUCAAGGUGUUAAAGAGGAGGAGAUUGUUGUCUGGGUUGAUCCUCUAGAUGGAACUUCUGAGUAUACUCAAGGUGCACUAAUGUUGAAGAGAGAUCCAUGGGAAAGAUGGAAAAUGUACUUAACUCAUCCUUUUAUAAGUAUCAAGUGGUAUUUAAGUUUGCUCCAAUCUAAUUAUGGAUUUCUUGAACAUGUUACCGUUUUAAUUGGCAUAUCCGUGAAUGAGAAGCCAGUUGCCGGUGUCAUUCAUCAGCCUUAUUAUAAAACUAUAUUGGGCGGGGAGAAGGUCAUGGGUAGAACAAUAUGGGGCCUCCAGGAAGCAGGUGUUGGGGGAUUUACCCCGGCCCCUCCUCCCGAUUCCCUUAUCAUUACUACUACAAGGAGUCAUUCCAACCCACUUGUUGAGAAGGCGCUGCAAGUCAUGAAUGCUGCCCAAGUGCUUAGAGUUGGUGGUGCAGGUUAUAAGGUCCUACAACUACUGGAAGGCAAGGCGUCGAUUUAUGUUUUCGCAAGCAGUGGCUGCAAGAAGUGGGACACCUGCGCUCCAGAGGCAGUAUUGUCUGCGGCUGGAGGGAGACUGACCGAUAUUCUCGGCGAAUUCUAUAAAUAUGGCGGAUCAGAAUCACGACCAAACAAAACUGGAGUGUUAGCAGCCGUCUCUAAAGACUUGCACAGUUAUGCAUUGAAUAGAAUACCGCAAGAAUUGAAAGAUGCACUUUCUAAAAAAUAGUAUCACUUUUUAAAAGUAUUAAAUGAAGCUGAUGUGAUGAAAUGUAAAUAAAACCAUUUUGAUUUCCUUUUUUUUUAGUAAAUUAUACGUAAAAAGAACAAAAAUCAACAAUAAUUAUACUUAUUCAAAUUAUGAUACUGUUAUAACAUAAAUUGUUUAUUUUGUUUUAAAUAUAUUUCACCUUCUUUGGAGGUAUUAUGAUGGCUGGAUCAUUAAAGCUUGCUUUUAUACUUUUGUAACAUUUUUCUUAAUUCUCUUCGGAGGAUUUUACCCGAAGCGUUCUUAGGAAUGUCUUUGAGGAAUAUCACACCACCUCGUAGAUGCUUCGCUGGUGACACCUGAUAAAGAAUUUGUUAUCGUUAUACGCACGUUCUGAAUAUUAUCAGUACAUAUUUUAUCUUAAGUCCUAAUAAACUCGUACGAUUUGUGUAUGCCGUAUGUGAGUUGACGUAUUUAUAAAAAAUCGCCUAUUUUACACAAAAUUUGGGAUUGAGAAUUACCUUUGACGCAACAAAAUCCACAAGUUCUUUCUCGGUGACUUUGGAGUUGGGUUGUGCCACUACGAACGCUAGCGGGAGUUCACCGGCGGCCUCGUCCGGCAAGCCCACUACUCCUGCAUCAGCUACCCCACUGUGCUGUAAUAGUAAAGCCUCUAGCUCCGCAGGCGCCACCUGAAGUUUAAAUAAAUAAUCAAUGUUCCACUACGAUUUACUAUUGCGUCGUGGGUGCGGUUUCCUCUUUGGUUUUACGUGCGUUUGACGCAAAUUCACUCCUAUAACCAGAAAUAAGAGAUUUCUGCAUCACACAGAGUUCUUCCGAGCAGGAAUUUAACCCGUAAAACAAUGCGCAGGAUUCGGAUGUCCAACCACUGGCCCCGCCAGACGAAAUUAUUUGGUUUGUAUACAAUACCUAUUUAAGAUAAGGUAUUAGUAACAAUAUAAUAAUAGUUGGAAUUAAUUGAACAAAACUGAAGGUACUUAUUAUUAUCACAAGAUAAAUAAUUUAUUUUACAUAAAUUAUUUAUC